AUGGCGCCAGGGCCAAAUAAAAAACCAUCGUUGCCUGCAACACUUCUAAAGGAAUUAGACGCUCAGCAGUCCUCAUCUUCUGUCAAAGGUGGUAGUAGGUCGGGAAAGCAGCUUUCGAGAAAAGAUCAACGUAAGGCCCAACGAGUUCAGAAAAGGCAAUCUCGCCGCUCGCAGCCACGCCAAAGCCAGGAAACGCGCAAGCCUCACAAGGCUUCUCAAUCUAAUGACUUUAAUGAUGAAAGUGAUGGUCUAGAGGAUGGAGACGACGACGAUGAUGACGACGGAGGUGAUAUGGAUAUGGAGGAUGACUCCGAGAGCAGCGGCAGCGAGGGUAGUGAAGAUGAAGAGCCGAGUCAACCAAAAGUCAAAGUCUCUAAGGCUACACAGAGCAGACUUGCCCAGGACGAUGCAGAGAUCAAAGACUUGGAAAGGAAAUUAGGCCUGAAGGGCAGGAAGUCACUUCCUAAAUCUUUCCAGGACGAUGGCCUCGGCGAUUUACUGGACGGUCUGGAUGAAGACGGCGGGGAUAAUGAAGGAGUUCCCUCGCAGAAUAAACGCAAGGCAGAAGCGGAUGAAUGGCUGGCUCAGAAAAGAAGAAAAGCUCAAGCUGCUGCCGACAAAGCUGCUGCCAACGAAAGUGCCAGUGAUAGCGAUGAAGAGGUUGACGAUUAUUUGGACGACGAAGAUAUAUCCCUUUGGGACAGUAAAUCGGACAAAGACGAAGAUGCAUUUGAGGGCUUCUCAGACGAAGAGCAGUCUACAACUGUGCGGCCUCUACGAGAAAACCCCUACGUCGCUCCUACAACAGGAGUCGCAAAAUAUGUCCCCCCGGCUUUCCGUAAGCAGUCGAGUUCGAGCAACGAAGCAGAAACACGACUUCGAAGACGUGUCCAGGGGUUGAUCAACCGUUUGACGAACGACAACAUGGUCGGCAUAGUUAAGGAGUUCAUGACUUUAUACGACACAAAUCCAAGACAAACCGUUACAUCUGUCAUCGUGGAUUUAGUACUGAACUUGGUUUGCUCACCUGAAAAGCGCCCAGAUUCCUUUUUUGCUAUGACAGCUGGUUACCUUGCAGCAAUGCAUAAAUCUCUAGGUAUGGCCUUCAGCGCCUACUUCAUACAACAACUCGUAGAAGUCCUCGACCAGCGCUAUACGCAAGCGUCUGGAGAUCAGUCAGACUCCGGUUCGAGGCAUCUUAUUUCUUUACUUGCUGAGAUCUAUAAUAUGCAAGUUGUUAGUCCUAAUUUGGUAUUUGAUUAUGUCCGCCUCUUCUUAGACCAACUUUCCGAGCUCAAUACGGAGUUGAUUUUGAGAAUUAUCCAAAUUUGCGGCCCGUCCCUAAGGCGUGAUGACCCUCAUGCAUUGGGGGACAUCAUUAGUAGUAUUAGGCUAGGGAACACCAUGUCAACUAGGACAAGUUUCAUGAUUGAUGAGAUGAAGAGUCUACAGAGUAACAAAACAAAAGCUGCAACCCGUAACAAGGACCUUGCGGACCAGCGAACCCAGAUCAGGAAGCGAAUCGGCGGUAUAAGCGGUACUCAGGAUGCUCAGCCGCUCCGCAUGGGCCUUCAGGACAUUCGGGACGCCGAUAAGCACGGGAAGUGGUGGCUUGUCGGGGCCAGUUGGUCUGGUAACCGUAGUGGCCCCAAUGAUCAAGGCAAGACUUUUAAGGACCAAGAGGGGGAUGACGCUGAUGAGAUGAUGGCGGACGUCGGUGACGACCUGGGUAUUCCGGAUCUCUGGCAAUUAGCAAAGGAGCAGGGGUUCAAUACGGAAGUACGGCAACGCAUAUUUGUUGCCUUGCAUGCGGCCACGGACUAUGAGAACGCAGAGCUGCUCGUCCGUAAGUUGAGGCUUAACAAGCAUCAACGGAAAGAGGUACCCGAAGUAAUCGUCCGAAGCAGCGAGCGACAGUCUCAGUAUAACCCCUAUUAUGCUCUAGUUGCUACCAGGUUCACCGGCGAUCGGGAAUUAUCUUUUCAGUUUAGGCGAUGCCUCACAACACGUCUUAGAAAGAUGGGAGAGGACAUUGACAUCGGCGAGGAGGAUGACUUCGAUUUCGACGAUGCGACCGAUUACGACAUGCGGUGGGUAUACAACACAGCCAAGAUGUACGGCUCGCUUGUGGCUAGCCGGGAUCUUCGGCUGGCGGAUAUGGUGAAGCACCGCAACUUUGCGGCUCUGCAUGAGAAGGCACACAUGUUCUUUGAGGUGAUGCUGAUCUCGACGCUCCAGGAGUGCAAGCACGACAGCCUCAGGGAGGUAUUCAGCGGCCUGGAUGCAAAUCACGCCCGAGGGGUCCAAUGGUUCUUGCGGAAAAACGUGCGGAAAACAGACCUCCUUAAGGACAAAAAGGAAAAAGCAGCGAUUAAGAAGAGUUGCGAUGCGGCAGAGGAGAUACUGAAGGCACUGGUAACAGCGGGACCAUUGGGGGGAUUAUCAGUUCUCCGCGCUGGUUUUGUCAAAACCAAGUAG